CCAUGACGACCUAGUGACGCUUUGACAGAGCCGACACGAGGCGGGGCGUCUUUCACCUAUACUCCCCUCUCCUCUGACAGGAUCAACCGCAAGAUUCCCACCAGUUGUCCGUUCCAGCCUAUUGGUUUCCAGGGAGACCCUUCCUCCUCCCCCUGAGGAGACAUGGAGUCCCAGGGGUGUCUGGGUGUGGAGGGGGACCUCAGCCUGCUCGGGAUGCUGGUGCCAAGUCCAAGAAGUGAGGCAGUGACCCAUGAAAUGGAGGAGUUGUCCCUACAGUCCAGCCAUAGCCUUCCGCCCAUCAAAGAACGCAGGAACGUCCUCCAGCUCAGACUGCAGCAGAGACGCACACGGGAGCAGCUCGUGGACCAGGGCAUUAUACCACCGCUGAAGAGUCCUGCAGCUUUUCACGAACAGAUCAGAAGCCUGGAGAGAGCCAGGACAGAGAAUUUCCUAAAGCACAAAAUUCGUAGCAGACCCGAGCGAGCCGAACUGGUUCGCAUGCACAUCCUGCAAGAGACCCAGGCAGAGCCUUCUCUGCAGGCCACUCAGAUGAAACUGAAACGAGCCCGUCUGGCUGACGAUCUCAACGAGAAGAUAGCCCAGCGUCCUGGCCCAAUGGAACUGGUGGAGAAGAACAUCCUGCCCAUGGACUCCAGCGUUAAAGAAGCUAUCAUUGUAGGUGGGAUAAACUACCCCAAGACACUGGAUGUGUAUAACUUUGAGGAAGACAGCAGCGACGCUCUGUCUCCUGAGCAACCGGCUAGUCAGGAGUCUCAGGGAUCAGGGGCCUCGCCUAAAGAGUCCAGGCUCCCGGAGGCACUACCCACCUCCUCACCCACCAGCUCCAACCUGCAGAUGUGUGUGCCUACAUCCCAGAAUGCAUCAGACUUGCUCAUAGCGCCAGCCAAGGACCAAACGAACAGUUCCCCCAUCAUCACUCCUCAACCAGUAACCACUGUAGCCCCCACAAAGCCCAGCCCCACCCUCAUCAAGCAAAGCCAGGCCAAACAGGCCGGCGACAAGAACCGAAGCAAAAAGUGCAAGGAGCCCAAACCUAGGGUGAAAAAGCUCAAGUAUCACCAGUACAUCCCGCCGGACCAAAAACAGGACCACAACGAGGCUCCCAUGGAUUCUGCUUACGCCCGCCUGCUCCAGCAGCAACAACAGUUUCUCCACCUGCAGAUCCUCAGCCAGCAGCAGCAGCAGUUUAACUAUCAGGCCAUUCUACCAGCACCACUGAAAACAGUUAUGGAGGGUCAGAACAAAAACAGCCCUGGCUUGCCAGCUCCCAUUGUGGCGUCCCUGCCCGGCACUGCUCUGGCCCGUCAGAACCACACCCUGGCCAAUCGCAAACCUGGCCCACUGCCUGCCAACCUGGAUGAAAUGAAGGUGCCAGAGCUUAAGAUGGAGCUAAAGCUGCGUGGCCUACCUGUGUCUGGCACGAAGACGGACCUCAUAGAGAGACUUAAACCCUACCAAGAGAGCCCCUGCGUCAGCAGUGCACAACCCGCCGUUGCCAUGGAAACAAGCACCCCCUCAGGGGCCGUGCAGCCCGAGGCCAUGAACUCCACGCCUCCAGUGUCCCCUGGCCAGUCUGAGGUCUCAAACAUUAGCACGGAAGAAGCUGGUGGGGGAGAUAGUGUCGGCAAGAACCUGGGCACACCGUCUCCAGGGCGGUCAACGACAACAGGGAUGUCAUCUCACAAGCUGCUGCCUGAGGACAUCGCCAUGGACACCAAGGUAUCUGAAAAAGACCAGCGCUUGCACGAGAAGGAGCGUCAGAUCGAGGAGCUGAUACGUAAGUUAGAGCAUGAGCAGAGGCUGGUGGAGGAGCUGAAGAUGCAGUUAGAGGUGGAGAAGAGGAGCCAACAAGCCAACUGCCAGCAGCCGGAGCCUUGCCCACCUGUUCCCAUCAAAGAGGAGAACAGCAUUGCUCCAAGCUGCUCCUCCACACAAAAUUCUGUGGCACAAAUAGCAGGGAUUAAACAGGAGGAGCUCCCAGCUCAAGUGCACCCAGCCCCCAUGCCUCAGUUCUACAUCAGCGCUCAGCAAGUUCCUCAAGUGCUUCAGCAACCUCAGGCUGUGCUGGCAGCUCAGCCUGGCACUCAGGUCUUAAUGCCAGUGUCUCUGCCCACCGCCAUCCAGCUCUCCAACAACAGCAUCAAGCCUCAGUCCCAAGUUCUCCAAACAGCUGCCUCCAGUCCAGCCCAAGGCCUCAUCCAGACCUCGCCUCUGCAACCCCAGAAUAUGGAGACUUCAGCACCUCCACAGCUUACAAACCCGACGAAUCAGUCCACACCUCAGGCUGGGCCAUUGUGUAGCACAUCCAACUCUGGGUUCCAGUACAGGUUGAACCAGACCCAGCCAUUGACAGAGCUGCCCCGGAGUUUCCUCAACAGCUCCCCAGAGGCAGGCAUCUCCAGCAGAAACUCCCCUAGACAAACCACCCCAAAUGGACCUACUCAUAAACCUCCAUCACCCUGCCAGCCCUCCUACAUCCUUCAUCCCUCCACCUUUCCCAGUCACAGCCCAAAGGGGAAAGACCCACCCCGUUACGAGGAAGCAGUCAAACAGACUCGUGGCCUCCAGGCAUCUGUACAGGUUCCCACAGCGACCAGCCAGCACAUGGAUGAUUUAUUUGAUGUUCUGAUCGAGAGCGGAGAAAUAUCCCCGCUGGUCAAGCAUGACCCUCUUUCCCUGGAUAAGAUGCUACCAGUGACGGCCAGUGUCACCACUCUGCCAAUCAACACAGUGCUGUCCCGUCCUCCACCUCAGGUUCAAGUGGCUCAGCCGCCCUCCCAGACCCAAGAUCAUUCUCACAGCCUGGUGGCUCUGGCCACAGACAACCAGCUGGAGGCCCUCUUGGAGGGCACGCUGUCUGGCGACACAGAGACUCGGACGCUGCGUCUUAUGGAAGAGCUCCAUAGCCAGCUGCUGGAGCAGCCCCAUUCACCCAUGGACACCACCGAGCUAGCCUUCUCGGACGCACCUCCAUCAGCCCUCCACCUGCAAGACACCAACCUUGACAACAUGGAAUGGCUUGACCUCACCAUGCCUGGGACCGCAGGCAUCCCCCCUCCUGGGGGCGUCUUCUCCUCCGACUUUCUGGACUCAAAUGACCUGCCAUUACACUGGGACUGAUGACUGUUAGAAUGUGUCAGCGGGUAUAACUGGCAGUUGUAGAAAUGAGAAACAUGUUGCAGGUACUGCUCGUGGAAAUCCGACGCGUUCACAGAAUGUGAGGUGAAACAUCCUGUUAGCUCAGAGAUUUACACAAAACACUUUUCAUAUCAGCUCUGCAGUGGUGGGAGAUGCCCAUAAGGGAAUGCUUUACUGUUAAAGACAUGUUUGUCCCACUGUAAGGGUCCCCGCAAGGGCACUCACUAUCCAGAAUUAUAAACAAGACAGAGAUUAUCAAAAAAAAAGGGUUAAAUAUCUGCUGAGAUAUUCCCAUGUAUGUACCUGGUGCCCACUUACGGGCAAGUUGGUAUACACAUACACUACUCAAAAAGUGCCAGAACGGAGCAUGGUUGCAAGAAUUUCUCUCAAGACACUGAAAGGGUGAAGAGGGAAAAAAAUUGUGUGCAUAUUUGGUUGAUAUCAGUAAAAUUUGCCUUACCUCCACACCUUACUUCCACAUGUGGCUGGGGCAGCUCUCCAGUAAUGAAUGUGAGCUGUUAUAGAAAGUGGUUUUAGUAUUAUGGCUCAGCAUCUCAGCAUGGCUUUACUUUUAAGGAUCUGAUAAAGAUCACUUACUCCGAGUUGAAGAGACAUAAAGGAGUUGGGUAACUGAAAUGUAAGGCAUGCCCUGUAACGCCGUGUGCCUUUGUCAAAUAACUAUAUUGAAAAGCAAAAACUCUAUUCCUAUUUACUUUUUUAUCCACACUGUAAUCAACUCUAGAUUUUG